CCGGGUCGUACUAACCCACUUGACCUGCCGAUGAAGAACUCCUCCGUAACCAUCCUUCUUCUUGUCCACACUGACCCUCUGGUAAUUCGUCUGCUCCACUUUCAACUUUAAAGCUUUGACCAUGACGACUGCUUGGACGGCAUCGGAGGCGGCGCCGUCGCUGUCGGAGAACGGGCGGAGUUCGCCGGCUGUGACGGCGGGGCUACCUAGGACUGGGGAUUUUCUCGGAAGGCACCGCCUAUCCGCCGCCAUCUCCCGGCUUGAGCAAGAGAUCGUAUCACUCGAGAAAGAGCUGGAGGAAUUGGAUACCAUGGAGCCAUCUUCUGUAGCAUGUGAGGAUAUUCUAUUCUCCAUGAAUGGAUUACCAGAUGCUUUGCUUCCCAUUACGACCGGCCCUGAGAAUUCUGCAUGGGAGAGGUGGUUCCGGCCGGUUCGAAGCUCUCGAAACCGCGCUUGGUGGGCCCAUAGAAGUGCAGAUCUUUCUUAGCUUCACUGCUCGAAGUUGAAACUGCAAAAUCUUUCAGCAGAAGGUAAUGGUGGCAAAUAGAGCAUGUUAAUACAAGUUUGUAACAAUAGUGAGAGACAUGCCAUUUUUUAUCUGUAAUUGAAGCUUGGAUUUCUCAAAUCUUGGAGUUGUCGUCAACAGUGAAGAAUCUUGAAGCAAAAUGGAUAAUAGAACUAUUUAGUUUGUUGCAAUACUUGGCGUGAAAUGAUUGGAGAAAUGUAUGGAAAUGGAAUUCCAGCUGA